UCAAUGCGUAAAAAUGGCUCUAACAUAAUCGCUAUGAAGCUUCUCUAUAAAUUUGUCCCUUUUUCACAGGUCAAACGAGUUUUUGGUAUCAAAACGGCGCGCGCGCUACAGCGCUAAUUGGAUCUCAGGCUAGGUUACCUUGAGAUCGCCAUUUCUACCUACCUACCUAAAAUGUUAAAAUAUCUUAGUCCCUUGCAAAUAAGAAAACCCCAAAUUGGCUUUUAUUUUAACAAGGCCAUCUAAACACAAUAUUGAAGUAUUAUUUUUGUUAACUCAACCAAAGAAUACUGUUUAAUGAAGGUAUGCAUAAGAGAAUAAGCCAUACAUUUGAUUAACAUGUUCCAGCGAAAUACUUCAAUUUUGCGGAAAGUCUAUUGCAAAACCAUGAAGAAGUGCUUCUAUUUUAGUUUAGUUUGUUCUGGCAUGGGGGUCGUACAGUUAUUAUUUCUAUCUCUGCUGUUGGGGACCUUAAUUGGAGUUCUCGCAAUAAGUAAACGAUAUUUACUAUUCCCCCGACAAGCACCAACUAGACACCAGUUUAUUGGUGGAAUUGGUAUACCUGUUGAUCUCGAAUAUGAGUCCUUAGUUGUGGGAUAUGUAUUGAAAGCUAUGUUCUACUUACCAUGGAAUGCUACAACAUUUAGAGAAAAUCCAUUUGUUCCAGAAUAUCAAAGCUAUCUCCAUACAGCCAAGGAACUGCAGCAUAAAAUAUCAAGAUGGAGUGUUUACGAAUCUAUUGAAAAUGUUAUCAAUAACUACGGUUACGACGGCCAAGAGUGUCUCCUGAAAGCGGUUUGUGAAUCCAGUUUUUUUAAAUUCUCAAAUCGAGCCUCUGUCUUGGGUGAACUUAUGCAUAUUUUACUAACGCCAACAUCCACGCAUGAUACAUCUGGUAAGAAAAAUCAAAUCUAUCUUGAUGCCGAAAAAUCUGGAAAAUCUGGAAAAUGUGAACACUUUAAUUGUUCAUUUUCAAUAAUGAAGCGGGUUUCGGUUAUUUUUUAAAAAAUAAAUUUUGUAAUUUUUUUUUUAAUUUUUGUUUUCAAUAACAUAAAAAAUAAAAAAAUGUUAAAUAGAUAAAUAAUACAA